CGCGCAACAGGACGCACAGCAGGACGCACAGCAGGACGCACAGCAGGACGCACAGCAGGUAGCCGCUUGGGUUCUUGACCUCCGUACCGAGACGCAGUUAGGCAGGUGCGAGGCGAUUCGGUUCCUGAUUUUAGGCUUUAUGUGGGACAGCAGUGCGUCCUCUGUUCGGCCUCCAAAGCCAAUGACACCUUCACCUGCUCGAUCCAACUCGGCCAAAACAUAAACGCGUGCCGGAGCGACGGAUCGAGAUCCUCCAGCUGCUCGCCUAGUGGCGCUCUUUGAUCCUCUGAUGCUCAAAGCAAGACGCUCGGCUGCUCCUGCGUGGGACAUCGCUUUGGCAUACUGCCUGACUGAUCGGACAAGUUGCAUGCCAGACCUGCUUGAAAGUUGCAAACUACAUACGAAACUGAAUGCGUUUUUGCAAGCCACUCGCAUCCCACUCACAACCUUGCGGCGUUUGCCUUCUCUUUUCCUCUAAUUCGGCCUCCCUCGGAACUAUAAGUAUCUGGAGACUAGAGUUGUGAUCAACCGUGCCUGAUCGAAACCAUGGAUUUGAUCUCGUGGACAUUUGAUUCUGAUGUUGAUGACAAAGACAGACCACUACUCUGCGAUACCUCCGACGUUUCGAGGUCUCUGUCGUACAACCAGCUUCGGUCGUACGUCAGACGACUAGUUGCUGGAUUACAAUCGAUUGGCAUUCAGCAAGGAGACUGCAUAUGUGUAAACAGCUUCAACGACGUCUUUUACAGUGUGCUGUACCUGGGGAUCAUAGGGUCUGGAGCGGUAUUUACGGGCGUCAACCCAGCCUACACGACAAACGAACUAGUUCACCAUUUCCGCUUGACGCAGCCCAAAAUCUUGAUUGUCGAACCACAGCUUCUCUCAAAUACACUUGCCGCAGCGAGUGAAGUUGGACUGCACCAUUCUCGCAUAUAUGCCUUCGACGUCGCUACUCAAAACAGCGAAACCAGCAUACAGAGCUGGGACGUUCUUCUCGCGCACGGAGAGCGUGACUGGGUUACCAUUAAUGACGCUAAUUCAACCGUGGCCCAGUAUGCCUCGACUAGUGGAACGUCUGGGUUGCCCAAAGCUGCCAUGCUUCCUCACAGUUACCAUGUCACCCAAGCUGAGCUUCGUUUGACACAUGGCAAGCUACCCUACAAGGCAAGACGGCUGACUGCUCUACCACCAUUUCACGUGUUCGCGACGCCAAUCAUUCCAUCGAGCGUCCGAGAAGGAAUUACGACAUACGUCAUGCGUCGUUUUGAUAUGCGAGGGUUUGUCGCCGCAAUUGAGCGAUUCGGAAUCAGCGAGACCUUUCUGCCACCACCAUGUAUUAUCGGACUCCCACAGACGCCUUAUGGCACACGUGAGUCUUUAGUUUCCCUGCGCCAAAUAUGGUUUGGUGGGGCUAGCCUGAAGUACGGCAAUCAGCUACCAAUGUACGAACUACUGCAUCCAGACGCAAAAAUCCAGCCGGUAUGGGGUAUGACGGAAGCUGGUUGGAUCACAGCCGGCCAUUGGGAAGAGAAGCAUGAAGAUGAUAGCGUUGGGAGAUACCUGUCCUGCUUUGAGGUCAAGAUCGUCGACGAUGAUGACAACGAGUUGAAACAGGAAGGUUCAACAGGCAACAUCAUGGUGCGAAGCCCAUGCAUGAUGCUUGGUUACUUAGCCAAUGAGGCGGCCACUCGUGAAGCGUUCGACAACAACGGAUGGCUGCGCACGGGAGAUAUCGGUUAUCGCGUCGACGGCAACAAAAUCUUCGUGGUUGAUCGCAAAAAGGAUAUGAUCAAAGUCCGAGGCUGGCAAGUCUCUCCAGCAGAGGUAGAAAAUACAAUCGUGCAGCACCCCUCUGUGCUCGACGCUGCUGUUGUCGGCAUCGAGAGAGAAGACAAAAGCGAGAUGUCGCGAGCGUAUGUCGUCUUAGCUCCUGGUGCGGAGCUGUCGAUCGAAGAGCUCAAGACUUUCAUCGGUCAGACGUUGGCCAAGUACAAGAUCCCAGAAGAGUUUGAAUUCACGGAUCGGAUCCCUAAGAAUGCAACGGGUAAAAUACUGCGGCGUCUUCUACGCGAGCAGGCGACGGUCGAAGAUACCUCGCCAGAGUCUCCCAAGGAGAGCUUCUGUCAGCCAAGCGAAGGACGGUGGCGCCACAUCAGAAGAAUGUCGGCUGGAAGCAUCAAGACCAUUUCAUUGGUAUCUAGGACCAUCCGGCUUUUUCUUUCGUGGCUCAAAAGCGUGCUUGUUAUCAGUUGAUUGUGCAGGCUUCAACGACCGAGGCCUGCAUGUGUACUUAGUAGAGAGCGGAUGAUUUGAAGGAAGGCAAGUUUGCUCCAACGUUUCAGUUGGCACGAUUCGACGGGAGGCUGGGGCUUCGGGGUCUGUCCAAGGUUCGGUGGAUUUGAAAGAAGAAAAUACCCGAGAAUCAGCACCUCGAACAGCCGUUCUGUAGAUUAUACUACCACGUUGUAUCUCAAUAGUAAGACAGCAGCACAUGGGCUGCCGAUAGCACGAUAGUAAUGGCACGACACCGUCCAAGCGUUGCUCGCCAGAGUUUUGAGGCCCGAUGCAAAAGUGCAGGGUCGACGGC